UGCAUCUGCAAGCGUGGACUUUCUAGUUUAUACUCAAAGUUUGUUCAGAUCCUAUACACACUUUUCUGUUUGGUUUCUUCUUUCCAAAUUCAACAAUAAUCUUCAUCCAUCAACCAUCUUUCUCAAUCCAUCAACAAUAUAUUAUUUUUGUAUCUGCAAGCGUACACUUGCUAGUUUGUACUCAUCAAAAAGUUUGUUCAGAUCCUAUACACAACUUUUGAUAGUUUAGAUAAAAAAAAAUAAUGAUGAAUUGACUUUCAAUUUAUUGGUAAUCAUGGCGGAGAAUGAAGGAUUAUCAUCUUCAUCAGCGACAUCAAGAGGACAAUUAGUACGUCCAACAAUUACUUUACCACCAAGAAAUUCAAUGGACAGUUUAUUUUCCGGUGGUAUUAGCCCGGGUCCGAUGACACUCGUAUCCAGUUUCUUCUCCGAUAAUGAUCCUGAUUCUGAGUGUCGGUCUUUUUCUCAGCUUUUAGCCGGUGCAAUGACAUCUCCGGCGGGUAUUUCCGGUGUUAGACCGGGUUUCUCGCCACCAUCUACGGCGGCACCAGCGAUGACUCCCACUUUUAGUGUACCGCCUGGAUUAAAUCCAACUAAUUUGUUUGAUGGGUUCUUUUCACCUGGACAGGGCCCUUUUGGAAUGUCUCAUCAGCAAGUGCUUGCUCAACUUACAGCUCAGGCAUCCCAGCCUCAGUCGCAAAUGCACAUUCAGCCUGAUUACUCAUCUUCUUCAGCAGCAACUGCACUGUCAAUGUCACCAUUCCAAUCCUUAACAUCAAAUACAGCAGCAAACCAACAGAUACCUCCUGCAUUGGAUCCUAACACAAUAAAAGAGUCUUCUGAUGUUUCCCUGUCCGACCAGAGGUCUGAACCUGCUUCCUUUGUUGUUGAUAAACCUGCUGAUGAUGGCUACAACUGGCGGAAGUAUGGGCAGAAGCAGGUCAAGGGAAGCGAAUAUCCUCGUAGCUAUUACAAGUGCACGCAGCCAAAUUGUCCAGUCAAGAAGAAGGUUGAGCGCUCCCUAGAUGGACAGGUGACUGAGAUUAUAUAUAAGGGCCAACACAACCAUCAGCCACCUCAAGCUAGUAAGCGUUCAAAAGAAAGUGGAAAUCCAAAUGGAAACUAUAAUCUUCAGGGGACCUAUGAGCCCAAGGAGGGCGAACCUUCUUAUUCCUUAAGAAUGAAGGAUCAAGAAUCUAGCCUAGCAAAUGACCAAAUCUCCGGCUCAAGUGACAGUGAGGAAGUAGGUAAUGCAGAGACCAGAGUGGAUGGGAGGGACAUUGACGAACGAGAAUCAAAGCGGAGGGCGGUAGAAGUACAAACUUCUGAGGCCGUUUGUUCUCACCGGACUGUUGCAGAACCUAGGAUCAUUGUUCAAACAACCAGUGAAGUUGAUCUGUUGGACGAUGGUUAUAGAUGGCGUAAGUAUGGCCAGAAGGUUGUUAAAGGAAACCCUUAUCCAAGAAGCUAUUACAAAUGUACCAGCCAGGGAUGUAACGUAAGAAAGCAUGUCGAAAGGGCUGCAAGUGACCCUAAAGCAGUCAUAACAACUUAUGAAGGAAAACAUAAUCAUGAUGUGCCUGCAGCCAGGAAUAGUAGCCACAAUACAGCCAACAAUUCCACGUCACAAUUGAGGCCACACAACCCUGUAUUCGAUAAACCAACUGCAAUGCGAAGAUCAGACUUUCCAAGCAAUGAACAACAACCUAUAGCACUUCUACGUUUCAAAGAAGAACAAAUUACAUGAUCAAUCGAAGCUUCGUUCCAGCAUGGUAAUCAGCACGGACAGCCAGUAAGAGGACUGCUGUAACUUAUUACUGAAUCUUUCUAGUUCUCGCGUUUGCAAUGUCGAUGAUGGUGCAGAAGUUCAGUUGACACGAAAUAAUAGUCAGUAAGGAGUGGUUUGAAUAUAAAAUUGUUUGUAAAUGUUCUCAAAAAGGGCGUAGAGUUGUUAGCUAUAUGGUUUUUCUAUAUGCAUUUUUUUUCUGUAAAUGCUUCUACAUUCCUACAUGUUUUGCCUAUGUAUUUUGUUAUAUCUUUUUAUAGUUAGGCGUUUCAUCUGAAUUUGAAUGAUGCUACAUUAAGUUUUUGGACAAUCUUUCUGUUAUGAAUUUAUGAUUCUUGAGA